AUGUCGUCUAAGACCGAACAAGUUAUUUGCAUUACUUCCUGUGACCGUUAUUUGGGAAAUGGAAUCGCUCGCGUCUUACUUAAUGACAGGAAGCAGCAUGGUCAAAAGUAUCAAGUUCGCGUUCUCGCACGUGAUAUCUCUAAUCUGAACGAAUUCAAAAACCUCGGUGCUGAAGUUAUCCAAAUUGAUUAUAAUAAGACUGAGACAAUUGAACGUGCUUUAACCGGUUCUUUAUGGGUUCUUUGGGUCCCUGAGUCGGAUAAUGACCGUCUUAACUUGGCCAAAAUUUUUGCGGAUGCUUGUAAAAAAGUUAGUGUAAGAAACUUGCUCUUUGCUUCAAUACUUGGUGCUGAUGACGCCGAUGAAAAAUGUCUUCGCGAAUUCAGGGAGAUGGAAAGAAAAGCCGAGUCCGUUGUUGAUAACCACUGUAUCCUCAGAUCUGCGUUGUUCGUGCAGUGUCUGCACUAUUUUUCUAAAUGGAUCAUCGAGAAAAAUCAACUUGCCCUUCCAAUUAGACGCGAAAGUCGCAUGGCACCUAUUCAUCUUAACGAUGUUUAUUGCUCAAUCCACCAAAUCAUUUGUGAUGAAAAUGGUCAACUUCGUGACAUGGACAAAGAUCAUCAAAAAAGGCAUUAUACUCUUACCGGUCCGGAAUCUAUCUCCGCCAACACCCUCAUUGAUAUGAUGAAUGUAGUCACCGACGCGAGAGUUGAAUUUAUGGAAAUUAAACGCAGAGAGUGUGAAGAAUAUUUGAGAUCAUGUGAAGAUAAACAAAUGACCGGGCUUACCAAAUUUGGUGAUCAUGAAGAAAACCGCGAAGACUUGUUCCCUACUCCUCCAUGUCCUAACGAUACUGAAAUCGAGACAUUGUAA